UCGGAAAUAUGGGUGUUAGCAGACCCUCCCUUAACCAAAUAACCAUUAUCCAUCGACGUAUUGGCGCCUGAGGGGGACGCCCUGCUUCUCCACUCAUUCACCAUGGAAGUGCCUCCUCCUACCGGAAUCCCCACUCCCAAUACCGAGAAAAUCAAACGAAACCUCAUCAGAAAGGGCGUAUACCCAACUCCCAAAAUCAUCCAUACUCUCCGCAAGAAAGAAAUCCAAAAAUCAAUUCGCAAAUCAAAGCGCUUGGCCAAUCAAAACCAGUCCCCGACUGAAGAUGAAGAAGUAAAUGAAGAAGCUCAUUUCCGAGCCCUAAAGCGCGAAUACACAAAGUUGUCCAAGGCUUUGAUGGUUGGGAAGCCGUGGGAGAGACCUGGGUUCAAAGAGAUUCUGAAUGGGAGUGUGGAGUACGGUGGAGAGAGGCUGAAGAGAGAGCAUUUGAGGGAGUUGAGCGAAAUUCUUGAGAAGCGUGGUGAGGUCAGGUGGCUUUUGGAUGAUGAUGUUGAAGUUGAACAAGGUUCUUCGGGGAAUGAACGGAGAGGGUGGAGUCCGGCAAGGCGUCGCGGUGGAGAUGCUGAUGCUAUUAGGUUUCUCGUUGAUAGGCUUACUGCUGCAGACAUUACAAUUAGAGAUUGGAAGUUUUCCAGGGUAAUGAAACAGUCUGGAUUACAGUUCACAGAACGCCAGUUACUGAGAAUUGUUGAAGAACUUGGUGCUCGAGGACACUGGAAGCAUGCAUUAUCUGUUGUGGAAUGGGUGUACACCGAUAAGGAUAAGGACAACAGACGGUAUAAGAGCAGGUUUGUAUACACUAAACUCUUAGCAGUUCUUGGGAAAGCAAAAAGGCCCCAUGAAGCUCUUGACAUUUUCAAUUUGAUGCGUGGUGACUGCCAUAUAUACCCAGAUAUGGCUGCAUACCACAGUGUUGCUGUUACACUUGGUCAAGCCGGUCUUCUGAAAGAAUUGCUGAACAUUAUUGAAUGCAUGAGGCAGAAACCUCCAAAAAGAAUAAAAAAUAUGAGCCGGAAGAACUGGAAUGCACUCCUUGAACCUGAUGUGGUUAUAUUUAAUGCUGUACUGAAUGCUUGUGUUCCAACCCAACAAUGGAAGGGUGUGUCUUGGGUGUUUAAGCAGUUGAGAAAGUGUGGUCUGAAGCCUAAUGGAGCAACUUAUGGACUUGCAAUGGAGGUGAUGCUGCAAUCUGGAAAGUAUGACCAUGUCCACAGGUUCUUUGAAAAAAUGAGAAGAAGUGGGGAAGCUCCAAAAGCCCUUACUUAUAAAGUUCUUGUCAGAGCCUUUUGGGAGGAAGGUAAAGUCAAUGAAGCUGUUGAAGUCGUCAGGGAUAUGGAACGAAGGGGAGUGGUUGGAAUUGCUAGUGUAUAUUAUGAGCUAGCAUGCUGCCUUUGCAACAACGGGAGGUGGCAAGAUGCUAUUGUGGAGGUUGAGAAGCUGAAAAAACGUCCUCAUAGUAAACCUUUGGAGGUUACAUUCACUGGCAUGAUCACCUCUUCCAUGGAUGGUGGACAUCUUGAUGAUUGUCUAUCCAUCUUUGAGCACAUGAAAUAUCAUUGCUCCCCCAACAUUGGGACCAUAAAUGCCAUGCUGAAAGUUUAUGGACGGAAUGAUAUGUUUUCUAAAGCUAAAGAGUUGUUUGAAGAAACCAAAAGAUCUAGGUUUGCUUCUAAUACAUGCAUGGAUGAUGGUGGUAUUUCCCUCGUACCAGAUUUGUACACAUAUAGCUCAAUGCUCGAGGCAUCUGCCAGUGCACACCAAUGGGAGUUUUUUGAGUAUGUCUACAAGGAGAUGACUCUCUCUGGGUAUCAGCUUGAUCAAAGCAAACAUGCGUUGCUACUUGGAAAAGCGUCCAGAGCUGGGAAGUGGCAUCUGCUGGAGCAUGCAUUUGACACAAUUUUGGAAGCUGGAGAAAUUCCUCAUCCUUCUAUCUUCACUGAAAUGAUAUGUCAAGCUACCGCACAGCAUAAUUAUGAAAGAGCAGUCACCCUCAUCAACGCUAUGGCUCAUGCCCCAUUUGUGGUCAGUGAAAAGCAAUGGACAGAUCUUUUUGUGACAGAUGACAGGAUCAGCAGGGUUAAUUUAGAGAAACUAUUGGAUUCUCUCCAUAAUUGUGAUGUAGCAGAGGAAGCCACCGUCUCAAACUUAUACAAGUCACUGCAGUCUCUGUGUGGAUCCGGAACAUCAAUGGACCAGAGUUCUGUUGCUUUUGGAGAUGAAGCCAUGAUUAGAACACCCUUGAAUGGCAAUAGUGGAGAGCUUGAUGACAACAAAAAGGUAUUUUUUCAAAAGUUUUCUGCGGAUGCUAGGGGUUCAGACCUUAGCCCUCAUGAGAACCCUCCCGUAAAGAACAGUGAUGUCAUAUUUGAUAUAUUUUCUGUCAACCUCACCGGUAGUGAGGAAGAAGAUGCUGACACUGAUGGAGAAACUAUCUAUGAAGCCUUUAAUUAUGCUUGUAAUGGAGAUGAAGUGGCAUCAAAUGAACCUAAUACUUUAGAUGGGAACUCAAAAGGCAUUAACAAGAUUGAACUCAACAUGCGGGCUAAAGAAGAUGAUUCCCACGGAUCCGACUUGCCCUCAGCAAAUGAAAUAUUGGGAACUUGGAAGAAGAGCAGGGAAAGGGAUGGUAUUUUCUUCCCCUUUCAACUGGGCCAGAAGUAAGGCGCCAGACAAACUGACUGGGAUCUUCGGUAGCAAUGUCCAUAUGUAAUCUUGCAACUACUAAUAUACGACAGAUUGUUGAUAUGGUAUUCACCAUUAGUCUGUACAAAAGUUAGUAUGUCAAUAUACUGCAAAGAAGAAGCAUUUAUGAGAUUGAAGCACACAUCUUUGCUCUA